UCUCUCACCCUCUCCUUCCUCCUCCGCCUCCUCAGGUCUUGGGCUAGAAUGUCUAUGGGUCGAAACGCGAUGCGAUGAAUCCGAGAGAGACCGAAACUGGGACAAGGAGUGCGGCGGAAGCGGCGGUACUCCUGGGCAUGGGGGCUUCACCACAAUAGAGGCAGCGCCCCCUUCCCGCCCCGCCAGCCCCUCUGGAGGGAAGCCCCCAGACCCCUCGGGAAAAGGAUGGCGGCGGCACCUACCCAGAUUGAAGCCGAGCUGUAUUACCUGAUCGCUAGGUUUUUGCAGUCCGGACCCUGUAACAAAUCCGCUCAGGUGCUAGUGCAGGAGCUCGAGGAGCAUCAGCUGAUUCCGCACCGCUUAGACUGGGAGGGGAAAGAGCACCGAAGGAGCUUCGAGGAUCUGGUGGCAGCCAAUGCACACAUUCCUCCAGACUACCUCCUUAAAAUUUGUGAGCGGAUUGGUCCCUUACUAGAUAAGGAGAUCCCUCAGAGUGUUCCUGGAGUACAGACAUUACUAGGUGUUGGUCGGCAGUCUCUUUUACGGGAUGCCAAAGAUUGUAAGAGUACACUGUGGAGUGGGUCUGCUUUUGCAGCUCUACACAGAGGCAGACCUCCAGAACUACCUGUAAAUUGUGUGAAACCUCCAAAUGUGGUGAAUAUCACCUCUGCCAGGCAACUAACCGGAUAUAGUCGCUUCAGCCAUAUUUUCCCUUCAUCUGCAUACCAGCACAUUAAGAUGCAUAAGAGAAUUCUGGGGCACUUGUCAUCUGUCUAUUGUGUAGCAUUUGACCGAAGUGGGAGAAGAAUUUUUACAGGAUCAGAUGAUUGUUUGGUGAAAAUUUGGGCAACAGAUGAUGGACGCCUUCUUGCUACACUUCGAGGACACUCUGCUGAAAUUUCUGACAUGGCUGUUAACUAUGAAAACACUCUCAUUGCCGCAGGCAGCUGUGAUAAAGUUGUAAGAGUGUGGUGUCUUCGAACGUGUGCACCAGUUGCAGUCCUUCAGGGACAUUCAGCUUCUAUUACUUCCAUACAGUUUUGUCCAUCAACUAAAGGCACAACCAGAUACCUCACUUCUACUGGUGCUGAUGGAACAAUUUGUUUCUGGCAAUGGCAUGUAAAAACAAUGAAGUUUAGGGAUCGCCCAGUGAAAUUUACAGAGAGAUCUAGACCUGGAGUUCAAAUAUCAUGUUCAUCCUUCAGUUCUGGUGGUAUGUUCAUUACAACAGGUAGCACUGACCAUGUUAUUAGAAUGUAUUAUUUGGGUUCUGAGAUCCCUGAGAAAAUUGCUGAAUUAGAGUCACAUACGGAAUAGUUUAUGAAAAUCCUCUUUUAGCCUGAUAUAUUUUAAUUAUGUAAGCUGUUUGUUACUUUGGAAUCUACAUGCUAAUUAAAAGACAUAUUGAAAGAUAUGAGCUUAGAAGAAUCCUGAACUCACUUCCUCCUACAAACACAACAAAACAUCAUCUACCUAGGGAAAAAUUCCCUUUGAAAAGGACCAGAAAGGGAGCUGAACAGUGCCUCCUCAACAAAGGAUAAAAGGGCCACAUCAAAAUGGGUAGGAAAUGUGGAGAUACCAUCCCAUAAUAAAUCACACCCCAGGCUUGGCAACCCACUGUCAGGAGGUAUCUCAUAAUUCAGAGCUUGUUCCUGAAGAGCAAGAGGUCUAUAUCCCACAUCAGGCACCCCAACCCUUGGCAGCUACACUGAAUAGAUGAGCCCCCAAAACAUCUUGCCCUGAAAAUUGAAGGGUCUGGCUUCCAGGAGAAUCAUAGGGCUACAGGGAAUGAAAAAUCUGCUAAUAAAGGGAUCACACAGACUCACUCACAUGGGACCCAGGAUAAAAGCAACAGUUUUAAAGGUAGACCAUAUAUGAAGCAGACUCAUUUUAUGAUCUUAAAGCAUCUGCUGGAGAGGCAGGAAACUGUUGGGACUUCUCUCCAGAGAUGGAAGCACUGGCAGGCUCCAUUUUUCCACUCUCCUUUUGGCUUGUUGGUCCAGACAUAGGGAGAUGCCAUUUUUUAACUCUUCUUUAGCCUGCUAGCUCUGGUGGCAGUUGCCUGCCCUGUCACAGCUGGUAGAUGCACACAGCCCACAUGGGAUAUGUCACUUGAAUGCUUGACUCUGAUUGAUCAAGGGGGAUUGUUUUGGGGCCUUUUAAGUUUGAAACAAUUAGAGAGAGAGUGUCUUUAACAGGCCAUCACCCACAGGACAUUGCACAAAAGCAGACUGAAAUAUACCUCAAGUCUUCAUGAGAAAAAGGCCCAUUUUCUUAUCCUGAAGCUUCAUCCUCAGGGACAGGCUUUAGGUUUGCCCCACAUUCAGAGGCUACAGGAAGCACUUCCGUGGAACAGGGACAGUGCCCUAUCUUUGCUUUGCCACAGUUCACUGAUCCCUCACAAAAUAUAUAAAGCUACCAUUUUUAUAGCUGUCACCCAGGGAACAACUCCAGAUGUCUUGGUCCAGAAGUCAGCAAGGUUUAUGAUUGUGAACCCACAAGACUAUAUAUUUGCAUACCUUAGAAGCUGCUGCCUGAGAAUCUGGCUUACAGUUAGCCUGAAACUAGGAACCAUCUGUGAUGCCUCCCUUUGGAACACUGAGAGGUCUUAGCACACACUCAACAACUGGGACCAACAAGAACAAAUCAGUCUACUUAGACAAUCACAAGUGUCUGAGAAACAGCCAAAACCUAGUUUGAAGUUAAACAAUAAGUUUCAUCUCUUACACGAGACCACUCCUUCAAGACUGAGAGAUGUAACUUUUACAUAAACUGUAGAAACAAAGACAGAGAGUCAAGCAAAAUGAAGAGGCAGAGGAACAUGUUUCAAGCGAAAGAAGACAAAACCUCAGGAAAAUACUUUAAUGCAACAGAGAUAAGUAAUAUAUCUGAUAAAGAGUUCAAAUUAAUGGUCAUAAAGGUGUUCACCAAAGUCAGGUGAAGAAUGUAUGAGCACAGAGAGAACAUCAACAAAGAGAAAACAGGAAAAUACCAAACAGAAGUCACAGAGCUGAAGAACAGAAUACAUGCAGCAGACUAGAUGAAGUAGAAGAAUGGAUUAAAAACCUGGAAGACAGGGCAUUGGAAAUCAUCCUAAAAGAGCAGCAAAAAGAAAAAAAAAGAAUUUAUCCAUUCAUCUACUGAAGGACACUUAGGUUGCUUCCAUAUCUUGGCUAUUGUAAAUAGUGCUGCAAUAAACAUAGGGGUGCAUAUGUCUUUCUGAAUCUGAGAAGUUUUCUUUGGGUAAAUUCCUAGGAGUGGAAUUCCUGGGUCAAAUGAUAUUUCUAUUUUUAAUUUUUUGAGGAACCUCCAUAAUACUUUCCACAAAGGUUGAACUAAUUUACAUUCCUACCAACAGUGUGGGAGGAUUCCUCUUUCUCCGCAUCCUUGCCAGCAUUUGUUUUUCCUAGUCUUUUCUAUGUUGGCCAUCCUAACUGAUGUGAGGUGUUAUCUCAUUGUGGUUUUAAUUUGCAUUUCCUUGAUAAUUGGCAAUGUGGAGCAUCUUUUCAUGUACCUUUUGGCCAUCUGAAUUUCUUCUUUGGAGAAUUUAAAAAGGCAAAGAAGGGGCCUCUGAGACAACAUCUAGCAAAAUACCAUCUGCAUUAUAGGGGUCCCAGAAAGAGAAGAGAGAGGAGUAAAAGGCUUAUUUGAAGAAAUAAUGGCUGAAAACAUCCCCAAAUUGUGGAAGGAAAACAUACAUCCAAAGUCCAGGGAGCCAGUAGAGUUCCAAAUAAGAGAACCCAAGAAGAGCCACAUGAGGACACAUUAUAAUUAAAAUGUCAAAAGUUAAAGAUAAACCUUAAAAAGCAGCAAGAAAAAAAACAACUUGUUACAUGCAAGGGAGCUCGCAUAAGUCUAUAAGCUGAUUUUUUCAGCAGAAACUUUGUAGGCCAGAAGGGAGUGGUAUGAUGUAAUCAAAGUGAAAGGAAAACAUUUCCCACCAAGAAUUUGCUACCUGGCAAAGUUUUAUCAUUUAGAACAGAGGAAGAGAAAAAGUUUUCCAAACAAGCACAAAUUAAAGGAAGUCAUCAGUACUACACUAGCCUGUAAAAAAAUGUUCAAGGGACUUCUUUAAGUUGAAAAGGCAUCAAAUAAUAAUAAGAAAACAAAGUAAAGAUAACACUGGUAGAGGCAAAUACAUAGUAAAGGUAGUGCAUUAACCACUUAUAAAGCUAAUAUGAGAUUAAAAGAAAAAAAAUAAGUAAAAUUAACUAUCACUACAGUAAUUAAGGGAUACACAAAAAUAUGUAAAAUAGGACAUCAUAAAACCAUGUUUGGGCAUAAAAAUACAGUUUUAGAAUGUACUCAAACGUAAGAUGCUAUCAAGUUUAUAGACUUUUAUAUAUGUAUAGGAUGUUAUAUGUGAACCUGAUGGUAAACAGAAGGCAAAAACCUACAGCAGAUAAGCAAAGGACAAUGAGAAAGCAAUCUAAGCAUAACAUAAAAGAAGAUUACAAAACCUCAAGGUAAGAGAGCAGGAAAAGAAAGCAACAGAGAGGAAUGACAAAAAGAGCCAGAAAACAGUUAACAAAAUGGCAAUAAGUACAUACCUAUCACUAAUUAAAUGUAAAUGGGCUAAAUUAUCCAAUCAAAAGACAUAGAGUGGCUGAAUGGACAAAAAAUCAAGACCCAUCUAUAUAUUACCUACAAGAGACUUCAGGUUUAAGAACACAAAUAAAUUGAAAGUGAAGGGAUGAAAAAAGAUAUUCCAUACAAAUGUAAAUGACUAGAAAGCUGUUGUGUAGCUAUGCUUAUGUUAGACAAAAUAUACUUUCAAACAAAGACUGUAAUAGACAAAGAAUGGCAUUACAGAAUGAAACAAGGGCCAAUCCUACACGAGGAUAGGAUGUAAAUAUUCACACACUCAACAUAGGAGCACCUAAAUAUAUAAAGCAAAUACUUACAGGCCUAAAGAGAAAUUUGUAGCAAUUAAUACCUUACUUACAUCAAUGGAUAGGUCAUUCAGACAAAAAUCAAUAAAGAAACAUCAACCUUAAAUGACACAUUAGACCAGACGGACUUAAGAAAUAUAUACAGAACAGUCCAUGUAAAAGAAGCAGAACACACAUUCUUAUCUAGUGCACAUGGAACAUUUUCAAGGAUAGAUCAUAUGUUAGGCCACAAGACACAUCUCAGUUUUAAAGAAGAUUGAAAUUUUUUCAAGUAUUUUUUCUGACCAUAUGAUACCAAACUAGAAAUCAAUUAUAGAAAGAAAACUGGAAAAAGAUCACAAAUAUGUGGAAAUUAAACAACAUGCUGUUGAACCACCAAUGGGUCAGUAAAGACAUCAAAGAAGAAGUCUAAAAAUUACCUGGGGAGGAUGAGAUUCAAGAUGGUGGCAUGAGAGGUGAGAAAGAAAACUCCUCCCAAAACCACAUUUAGUAUGAAAUAUAGAUAAUACAUCUAACCCUAGAACAGCAACAGGAGGGAAGGCUGUACCAGACUGCAUACAGACCUCAUGAACAGAGCAGACCUCAUGAAGCAGGGUAAUGUACCAAAGCCUUGAUCUGGCAGGACCGAAGCCGUUCCCCUACCCCAGCUCACUGGCGGGAGGAAGAGAUAUGGAGUACAGAGAGGAUGGAAGCCUAAGACUGCUGAACACCCAGCCCUAGAGGUCUGCUUUGGAGCAUAAACCUACAUUAUGUGGUGCUCUGGAGGUUGGUGGGGUUGGGGAGCUGGGACAGGUGGAGUGCUUGAGAGACUUGAGAUUCUGGCUGUUUGUGAAGGAUGGGGAUCCCCAUACGGCCUCUCUGGGACAAAUGAAAGGCAGGUGGUCUGAGGCUUCCUAACAGCAAGAGGGCUGCUGAAGGGGCGGGGUUUGCAUGGAGUUGCACGGGAGAGGGGAUAGGUGGACAAGGUUGUCUGGGUGUGCUCUGCCCAGCAGGUGGGAACUCUGAGGAGCUUCAGGUACUCCAUCCCCCUGGCUGGCUACACAGCUCUGAGGCCCCCCACUGUGAUAUGCAGCCUGCUGUGCCUUCCUCCUGGCCGCCAGGCACUGGCUUGCAAACCGACAGUCACUGCGCUGGUGUCAGACCAGCCACAGGGAGGCCCCACCUACAACAGCUAGACAUGUAAAACACAGACGCUUACACUUGUCUGCUCGGGCCACUGGCUCUGAUACUGGAGACAGUCACUGCAGCUGGGAAUCAGGAAACAGCUCUUUCCUCCUCCCAGGCACCAGUGUCGCUCCCCUAAGAUCCCCAUCCUCACUCUAGGUUCUGAGCAGCUCCAGAGACUAGAGCUUCUGGACACUAGAGGGUGCCACAUAGAAAUAUGAAACUUCAAAGGAACCUGGUUCAGACCAAAAUCUCACAAACCCCAGACAAAGGGCCAAAUGAAACUAAACUCACCAAUGUUCUUGAAAGAGAGUUGAAAAUAAAAAUUGUAAACAUGCUCUUGGAGGUACAGAAAAUUAUUCAAGAACUCAGGAACAAAUUUAAGACAGAGAUUCAAUCAUUAAGAAAUUCCAUAUAUGAAAUGAAACAUACAAUGGAGGGAUUUAAAAGCAGAUUGGAUAUAGUAGAAGAGACAGUAAAUGGAAUAGAAAUUAGAGAAGAGGAAUCCAAAGAGGCUGAGGCACAGAGAGAAAAAAUGAUCUCUAAGAAUGAAAGAAUAUUGGAGAACUAUGUGACCAAUUCAAAUGGAACAAUAUUUGCAUUAUAGGGGUACCAGAAGAAAGAGAGAAAAAGGGAUAGAACCUGUCAUUGAGGAGGUAAUUGCUGAAAACCUCCCCAAUCUGUGGAAGGAGAUAGUCUCUCAAGCCAUGGAGGUGUACAGAUCUCCCAACACAAGGGACUCAAGGAAGACAACUUCAAUACAUAUAAUAAUUAAAAUGGCAAAGAACAAGGAUAAAGACAGACUUUUAAAAGCAGAUAGAGAGAGAAAAAAGAUCACAUACAAAGGAAAACCCAUCAGGUUAUCAUCAGAUUUCUCAACAGAAACUUUACAGGCCAGAAGGGAGUGGCAUGAUAUAUUUAAUGCAAUAGAGCAGAAGGGCCUCAAACCAAGAAUACUCUACUGGCAAUGUUAUCCUAUAAAUUUGAAGGAGGGAUUAAACAAAUUCCAGAUAAGCAAAAGCUGAGAGAAUUUACCUCCCACAAACCAACUCUACAGUGCAUUUUAGAGGGACUGUUAUAGAUGGAAGUAUUCCUAAGGCUAAAUAGAUGUAACCAGGGGAAAUAAAACCACAUCAGAGUACAAGAAUUCAUUACUAAGCAGAUACAAAAUCAAAUCAACUAACCCCAAAGUGUAUCAAGGGAUUGACAAGAGUACAGAAUAUGAUACCUAGCAUAUAAAGAAUGGAGGAAGAAGAAAAAGGAGGAAAAAAAGAACCUUUAGGUUGUGUUUGUAAUAGCAUAUGAAGUGAGUUAAAUUAGAAUGUUAGAUAGUAAGGGAAUUACCCUUGAACCUUUGGUAAUCACGAAUCUAAAGGCUGCAAUGGCAAUAAGUACAUACCUAUCGAUAAUCACCUUAAAUGUAAAUGGUCUGAGUGCAGCCAUCAAAAGAUAUAGCAUCACUGAAUGGAUAAAAAAGUAAGACCCUUCUAUAUGCUGCCUACAAGAAACUCACUUCAAAUCCAAAGACAUACACAGACUGAAAGUAAAGGGAUGGGAAAAGAUAUUUCAUGCAACUAAUAGAAAAAAGCAGGUGUUGCCAUACUUGUAUCAGACAAAAUAGACUUCAAAACAAAGAAAGUAACAAAAGACAAAGAAGGACAUUACAUAAUGAUAAAGGGGUCAGUCCAACAAGAUGAUAUAACUAUUAUAAAUAUCUAUGCACCCAACCCAGGAUCACCUAUGUAUGUUAAACAAAUGGUACAAUUUUAAAGGGUAAAAUAGAAUGCAAUUCAUUCAUUUUAGGAAACUUCAACACACCACUCACUUCAAAGGACAGAUUAACCAGAAGGAAAAUAAGCAAAGAGACAGAGGCACUGAACAAUGUAUUACAACAGAUGAACCUAAUGGACUUCGACAGAGCACUCCAUCCAAAAGUAACAGGAUACACAUUCUUCUCAAGUGCACAUAGAACAUUUUCAAGGAUAAAUCAUACACUAGGCCACAGAAAGAGCCUCAGUGAAUUUGAAAAUAUAGAAAUUGUGCCAACCAGCUUCUCAGAUCACAGAAGUAUGAAACUAGAACUAAAUUACACAAAGAAAACAAAAAAGCCCACAAACACACGGAGUCUUAAUAACAUGCUCCUAAAUAAUCAAUGGAUCAAUGACCAAAUAAAAACAGACAUGAAGCAAUAUAUGGAGAAAAAUGACAAAAUAAUUAAGACUGCAAAAUGUGUGGGACAUAACGAAGGCUGUCCUAAGAGGGAAGUAUAUUGCAAUACAGGCCUACCUCAGGAAAGAAGAACAAUCCCAAAUGAACAGUCUAAACUCCCAAUUAACGAAACUAGAAGAAGAAGAACAAAUGAGGACCAAAGUCAGUAAGAGGAGGGACAUAUUAAAGAUUAGAGCAGAAAUAAAUUAUAUCAAGAAGAAUAAAACAAUACAAAGAAUCAAUGAAAGCAGGAGCGGGUUCUUUGUGAAAAUAACCAAAAUAGGUAAACCCCUAGCCAUUCUUAUCAAGAAAAAAAGAGAGUCUACACACAUAAACAGAAUCAGAAAUGAGAAAGGAAAAAUCACUACAGAUACCACAGAAAUACAAUGAAUUAUGAGAGAAUACUACGAAAAAUUAAAUGCUAACAAAUAGGAUAACCUAGAAGAAAUGACAACUUUCUAGAAAAAUACAACUUUAUGAGGCUGACCCAGGAAGAAACCUAAAAUCUGAAUAGACCAAAUACCAGCAAGGCAAUUUAAUUGGUAAUCCAAAAAGUACCUAAGAACAAAAUACCUUACCAUAUGGUUUCACUGCUGAAUUUUAUCAAACAUUUAGUGAAGGCCUAAUACCCAUCCUCCUUAAAGUUUUCCAAAGAGUGAAAGAAGAGGGAAUACUUCCAAACUCAUUCUAUGAGGCCAUCAUCACUCUAAUUCCAAAACCACAAAAAAGGAAAAUUACAGACCAAUAUCCCUGAUGAACAUAGAUGCAAAAAUACUCAACAAAAUAUUAGCUAACCGAAUUCAAAAUAUAUCAAAAGGAUCAUCCAUCAUGAUGAAGUGGGAUUCAUCCCACAGAUGCAAGGAUGGUACAACAUUUGAAAAUCCAUCAACAUCAUCCACCACAUCAACAAAAAGAAGGGCCAAAAACACAUCAUAUCCAUAGAUGCUGAAAAAGCAUUGGACAAAAUUCAACAUCCAUUCAUGAUAAAAACUCUCAAUGAAAUGGGUAUAGAGGGCAAGUACCCAACAUAAUAAAGGCCAUCUAUGACAAACCCACAGCCAACAUCAUACUUAAGAGAGAGAAGCUGAAAGCUUUUCUUUUAAGAUCGGGAACAAGACAAGGAUGCCCACUCUCCCCACUUUUAUUCAACAUAGUUCUGGAUGGCCUAGCCAUGGCAAUCAGACAACACAAAGAAAUAAAAGGCAUCCAGAUUGUCAGGGAAGAAGUCAAAUUGUCCCUGUUUGCAGAUGACAUGAUAUUGUCCAGAAAGAAAUCCUAAAGAAUGCAAUCCAAAUCUACUAGAUUUAAUAUCUGAAUUUGGCAAAGUUGCAGGAUACAAAAUUAAUACACAGAAAUCUGUUGCAUUCCUAUACACUAAUGACAAACUAGCAGAAAGAGAAAUCAGGAGAAUAGUUCCAUUCACAAAUGCAUCAAAAAGAAAAGAAUUCCUAGGAAUAAACCUAAGCAAGGAAGUGAAAGACCUAAACUCUGAAAAUGACAAGACACUCAUGAGAGAAAUUAAAGAAGAUACCAAAAAUGGAAACAUCCCAUGCUCAUGGAUACAAAGAAUUAAUGUUGUCAAAAUAGCCAUCCUGCCUAAAGCAAUCUACAGAUUCAAUGCAAUCCCUAUAAAAAUACCAACAGCAUUCUUCAAUGAAUUAGAGAAACUAGUUCUAAAACUCACAUGGAACCACAAAAGACACCUAAUAACUAAAGCAAUCCUGAGAAGGAAGAAUAAAGUGGGGGAAAUUCCUCUCCCUGACUUCAAGCUCUACUACAAAGCCACAGUAAGCAACACAAUUUGGUACUGGCACAAUAACAGAAGCAUAGACCAAUGGAACAUAUUAGAGAGCCCUGAUAUAAACCCAAGCAUAUAUUGUCAAUUAAUAUAUGAUAAAGGAGCCAUGGAUAUACAAUCAGGAAAUGGCAGCCUCUUCAACAGCUGGUGUUGGCAAAACUGGACAGCUACAUGCAAGAGAAUGAACCUGGAUUGUUGUCUAACUCCAUACACAAAAGUAAACUCAAAAUAGAUCAAAGACCUGAAUGUAAGUCAUCAAUCCAUAAAACUCUUAGAAAAAAACAUAGGCAAAAAUCUCCUGGACAUAAACAUGAGCAACUAUUUCAUGAACAUAUUUCCCUGGGCACGGGAAACAAAAAAACCCAAAAAUGAACAAUUGGGACUAGGUCAAAUUGAAAGCUUCUUUAUUGCAAAGUACACCAUCAGUAGAACAAAAAGGCAUCAUACAGUAUUGGGGAAUAUAUUCAUAAAUGACAUAUCCAUUAAGGGUUUGACAUCCAAAUUAUAUAAAGAUCUCACACAUCUCAACAAACAAAAAGCAAAUAAUCCAAUUAAAAAAUGGGCGGAGGAUGUGAACAGACACUAUUGCAAAGAAGAAAUUCAUCUUGCCAACAGGCAUAUGAAAAGAUGCUUCACAUCACUAAUCAUCAGAGAAAUGCAAAUUAAAACCACAAUGAGAUAUCACCUCACACCAGUUAGGAUGGCCAACAUCCAAAAGACAGACAACAACAAAUGUUGGUGAGUAUGUGGUGAAAGGCGAACCCUAGUACACUGCUGGUGAGAAUUUAAAUUAGUUCAACCAUUGUGGAAAGCAGUAUAGAGGUUACUCAAAAAACUAAAAAUAGAAAUACCAUUUGACCCAGGAAUUCCACUCCUAGGAACUUACCCUAAGAAUACAGCAGCCCAGUUUGAAAAAGACAUAUGCACCCCUAUGUUAAUCGCAGCACUUUUUACAAUAGCCAAGACAUGGAAGCAACCUAAGUGUCCAUCUGUAGAUGAAUGGAUAAAGAAGAUGUGGUACAUAUAUACAAUGGAAUGUUAUUCAGCCAUAAGAAGAAAACAAAUCCUACCAUUUGCAACAACAUGGAUGGAGCUAGAGGGUAUUAUGCUCAAUGAAAUAAGCCAGGUAGUCAAAGACAAGUAUCAAAUGACUUCUCUCAUAUGUGGAGUAUAAGACCACAGAAAAAACUGAAGGAACAAAACAGCAGUAGACUCAAAGAACCCAAGAUUGUACUAACAGUUACCAAAGGCAAAGGGACUGCAGAUGAUGAGUGGGAAGGGAGCGGUAAGGGGGAUAAAGGGGCAUUAUGAUUCGCUCACAUAAUGUAGGGGUUGUGGACAUGGGGAUGGCAGUAUAGCUCAGAGAAGGCAAGUAAUGAUUCUAUACCAUCUUACUAUGCUGAUGGACAGUGACUCUAAUGGGAUAUGUGGUGGGGACUUGAUCAUAGGGGGAGUCUGGUAACUGUAAUAUUACUCAUGUAAUUGUACAUUAAUAAUACCAAAAUAGAAAAUAAAUGAUCCCUAAGUAUGUCACAGAAAGGAAAAAACCUAGCCUUUUCAGAAAUCACCAAAUUCACAGACACAAACAGAACUAUAAUAUUAUGAAUGGAAAAGAAUUCUUGGACAAAACCCCUGUAUUUUUUACUUUCAGAACUUAAGAAAUGUUAAGAAACUUAAGAAUGUGUAACACUUUCAUGAUUUUGGUAUCUAUAUCUAGUAAUCCUCUGUUCUUUUGCUAAGCAGAGAAAGAAAAUAUAUCUUGUAGGUGAAAUCAAAUCAUCGAUCACACAAGACAGAGAACAAGCUGUUAAUGAGUUUCAAGCUGUUAGGAUGUGUUAAGGUACAACUGAAAGUGCUGUUAGAUAUCUUCAGUUCCUUAUGGUUUUGAACUUGUCAUCGUUAUUUCAGUGAUUCACUUUAUCUCACUAUAUACUUUCCCAAGAAGUCAAUUCACUUCAACAGGCAUUUAUUGAAAGUCUGUGUGAGGAAAUACCUGGAGUGUAUUUUUUGAUAAAUUGGAGGACUACCUAGGGGAGUAAGACUGAGCUUCUCUUUGCAAUGCAAAUAAAAUUCUUCAGUGGCCAAUUUGUGUGCAGAUCUGGAAAUACAUUUGCAUAGAUGGUAAGCCCUUUGGGUGGGAUUAUAGCUCCCUAAGUUGAUGAAAGUAAAUGAUGCCACUUAAAUCCAAAAUACCUAUUCUGAUGCUGAGGAACACUUCGAUACUUUUGAUGUCUCCCAACCACAUCCCAACCCUUCCCAUUUUUGCUUGUCUCCUGUAUGUACUUUCAUUUGUCUUGGCUAUGCAUUCAUGAAGAGGCAGAGAGAGGAAUCAUGACCUGCUCUCUAAACCCCUGCUCUGGGUCUAAAGCGAUUAGAGGAGGGAAUAAAAGAGAUAAUAGAAUACAUGGUGACGUUCCACUUCUUGUAUGGUGAUGUAAGUUCCUUACAGACCAAUCCUCUCCCUCAUAACAAGUGUAUACCCUGGAAAAUAUUCAAACCUGAGGAUUUUGAAGAGUAAACAAAAGAAGGUAGGUUGUGUGAGGAAGUAGAAAUUUGGAGCAGCAACAGCAUAGUGGUGAGUUGCAUGCUUUCCUAUGGCUUUACCCCAAAAUUGUAUGGCAAGUGCAGUUUUACAGAAGCACAGGAAGCUAAAACUAGGAGAAAAGCCUCACCAUCUUUCUGGCUGGGAAGAAAAAGCAAAGAGCCUGGGCAACAAUAGCCACUGGACAGUGAGAUGGGAAUCCUAGAGGGAAAAAGCCAGAAGAGUAAAUACCCUAAUUUUAUGUAUGAAAAUUAGAAGCAGUUCAGGUUGAUCCCUUACACAUUCAUAUGUGGGACCAUUUUAAAGCAACACAGCACAGGCUUAAAGAAUUGAAUGAAGAUUUAGGGACUGCCCACAGAAAGUAAUAAGUGAGUAAUAGCUUAUGUCAUACCAGGUUAAUUGAUGGUAAAAAUGGAAACGUCAACAAAAUUCCUCAAGGUGUAUCAUCGAACCAGAAAUCAGUACAACAAAAUUUUCAGAAUGCAUGUGAUAGAAUACAAAAAUCAGUCAAAAUACACAGAACCAAAAAAUUACCACACAUUCUCAGUGACCUCAAGUUCCAACUGAAGAAGCUACAUGUAAAUAUUUAAAAAUUAUAUUAGGUAAAGAACUUGAAUCCAGACUAUAUAAAGAACUCUUACAACCUAUUAGUUUACCAAUGGGCAAAAGAUUUGACAGACAUUUCACAAAGAAGAUACACAAAUUACUAAUAAACACGUGGAAAAAAUGUUCAUUAACAUUUUUCAUCAAGCGAAAAAUUUAAAACAAUACAUCAUUAGACAUCUUUCAAAAUAGAAUUAAGAAGACUGUUAAUAGCAAGUGCUGGGGAUGAUGUGACCUCAUAAACUGCUAGUGGGAAUGUAAAAUUGUAAAAUCAUUUUGGAAAACAGUUUAGCAGACUUUUUAAAAGUUGAUCAUACACCAUCUAUAAUCCAAUGAUUCCACCAUCUGUAACCCUAUUCCAUAUGAAAACAAAUGUCCACAUAUGUUACAAGUGUUCACUGCAGCCUCAUUUACAAUAUUCUAAAACUGCAUAUAACCUAAAUGUCCAUCAGCAGUGACUAAACAAAUAACGUAUAACUAUAUGAUGGAAUAGUACUCAAUAACCAAAAGGCACCACCUACUAAUAUAUGUAUCAUGGAUGACUUCCAAAAUUAUUACAUUGAAUAGAAGAAUUCAGGAAAAAAAAAAUUACUGGGGAACAUACAAUAGUCCAAAAUAUAUGUAAUGCAGAAAAAGCAGUUAAAGAGGGAAAUUUAUAGUGUUAGAGUCCUACCUAAGAAAUGAGAAAAAUAUCAAUCUAACUCUAUGCCUAAAAGAACUAGAAAGAAGAACAAAGGAAGCCCAAAGUUAGUAGAAGAAAGGAAAUAAUAAUGAUCAUAGUGAAAAUAAAUGAAGUAGAACCUAAAAAUAACAAAAAGAUCUAUGAAAGCAAGAGCUGUUUCUUUGGAAAGAUAAAUAAAAUUGACAACACUUUAGUUAGACUCACCAAGAAAAAAAGAGAAGUGGCUCAAAUAUAUAAAAUCAGAAAUAAGAAAGGAGCAUUUACAACUGUACUGCCGAAAUAUAAAGGAUCAUAAGAGACUACUGUGAACAAUAUUUGACAAUGAAGUGUACGACUUAGAAGAAAUGUACAAAUUCCUAAAAACAUACAGUUUGCCAAUAUUGAAUCAUGAAAUAUAAAUUAUGAAUAGACCAGUUACUAGCAAAGAUAUUGAAUCAUUAAUCACAAACCUCCAAACAUAUAGAAGUCCAGGAUCAGAUGGCUUCACUGGUGAAUUCUGCCAAACAUUUAAAGAAGAUUUAAUAUCUGUUCUUUUUUAACUCUUUCAAAAAUUGAGUAGAAGGGAAUGCUUACAAACAAACUCAUUUUAUAAGGCCAACAUUACCCUGAUAACAAAAUACAUGAGGGCAUGACAAAAAAAGAAACUUAGAAGCCAAUAUAUGUGAUGAACAUAGAUGCAGUGAUACUAAACAAAAUAUUAGCAAAUUGAAGAAUGUAUUUAAAAGGAUUAUACACCACAAUCAAGUGGGAUUCAUUCCAGUGAUAGAGGAUGGCUUAACAUCUGCAAUUCAGUCAACAUAAUACACUACAUUUUUGAAAUGACAAAAAUUAUUAUAAAUAAAUGUAGAAAAGUCAUUUGACAAAAUUCAUCAUCCAUUCAUGAUAAAAACUCAACAAAUUGGGAUAGAGUGAACAUACCUCAACAUAAUAAAGAACAUAUAUGACAAACCCACAGCUAACAUCAUAAUAAAUGGUGAAAUAGUGAUAGCUUCUUCUCUAGGAUGAGGAAUAAGACAGGGAUGCCCACUGUUACCACUUUUAUUCAAGUAGUACUGGAAAUCCUAGCCACAUCAAUUAGCUAUGAAAAAUAAGUAAAAGGCAUAUAUAAUGGAAGAGAAGAAGUAAAAUUGAUGGUAUUUUCAUGUGAAACCCUAAUGACUCCACUAAAAUAUUGUUAGACCUAAUGUAUUUACUAAAGUUGCAGGACACAUUAUCAAUAUAGAGAAAUCUGUUGUAUUUAUACAUACUGAUAAUGGACACUCAGAAAGAGAAAGUAAAGUAAUCACAUUUACAAUUGCAUUAAAAAGAAUAAAAUACCUAGGAAUAAAUUUUACCAAGGAGUAAGAGACCUGCAUUCUGAAAAUCAGAAGACAGUGAUAAAAGAAAUUGAAGAAGACACAAAUAAAUAGAAAGAUAUUCCAUGCUAAUGGAUUAGAAAAACUGAUAUUGUUAAAAUGUCCAUACUACCUAGAGCAUUCUCCAUAUUCAAUGCAAUCCCUGCUAACAUUCCAUUGACAUUUUUCACAGAGAUAGAAAAAUAAUUCUAAAAUUUGUAUGGAAGCCAAAAAGACUGAAAAGCCAAAGCAGUAUUGAGAAAGAUGAACAAUACUGGAGGUAUCACUGAUAUCAAACUAUACAACAAAGCCUUAGUAAUCAAAACAGUAUGGUAUUGGCAUAAAAGCAGACAAAUGGAUCAGUGGAAAAGAAUAGAGAGCCUAGAAAUAAACCCAUAUAUAUCUGGUUAAUUAACUUACAACAAAGGUGGGGAGAAUAUACAAAAGGGAAAGGCAAUUUUUUUCAAUAAAUGGUGUUGGAAAACUGGAUAGCCAUAUGCAAAAGAAUGAAACUAAACCAUUAUUUUAUAGCAUACACAAAAGUUAAAGUGGAUUAAGAAUAAGAAAAGAAAACUGAAACCAUAAAAUUCCUAGAAGAAAAUAGCUAGUAAGCUCCUUGACAUUGAUCUUUGUGGGUUUUUUUUUUUUUGGUUCUGAAUACAAAGGCAAGGGAAACAAAACAAAAACAGACAAAUAGCACAGCAUUAAAUUUAAAAGUGUUUACACAGUGAAGGAAACCAGCAACAGAAUGAAAAGGCAAUCUACUGAAUCGGGGAAGAUAUUUUCAAAUGAUAUAUCUAUUAAGGGGUUAGUAUCCAAAAUAUAUGAAGAACUCGUGCAACUCAGCAACAAAGAAACAACUCAAUUAAAAAAUUGGCAGAGGAUCUGAAGAGACAUUUUUCCAAAGAAGGCAUACAGAUGGCAUAGGCACUUGAAACACUAGUUCAAAAAGAUAUAUGCACCUCUAUAUUCAUUGCAGCAUUAUUUACAACAGCUAAGAUACAUUACAACCGAAGUGUCCAUUGAUGGAUGAAUGGAUGAAGAAGAUGUAUAUAAAUGUAUACAAUUGAAUAUUAUUCUGCUAUAAAAAGAAGGAAAUCUUGCGAUUUGUGACAACAUGCAUGAACUUUGAGGGUAUUAUGCUAAAUGAAAUAAGUCCGAUGGAGAAAGAAAAUAUUUCAUUCAUAUGCAAAAUCUAAAAAACAAAACAAAGGGAGCAAACAAAAUUAACCUAAAAGAAACUCAUAGAUACAGAUUGGUGGUUACAGGGUCAGGGGGAGAAGAUGAUUGGGGGGUAGAUGAAAUAUGUGAAGUGAUUCAGUUUUAUGGUGAUAGAUAGUA